AUGAGCCGUGUGGCCGCCGCGGGCGAGAGGCACGGAGCCGCACAGGAGGCGAUCCGCAUCUCGAUCGAUCGGCUGCUCUUCCAGCGCCGCGUCGGCGCGGGCGCGUCCGGCACCACCUACCUUGCGCGGUACCAGGGGGCGGACGUGUGCGUCAAGGUAGCCGGCGGCGCGGCAAACGACCUCGAGGCGUGGAAGACGGAGGUACGCGCGCUGGCCAAGCUGCGGCACGCAAACAUCGUGCGCUGCCUCGGCGGGCCGCCCGAGCCACCGCGCGCAGGCGUGCUGCUCGAGCCACCGACGCACGGGCUUGUGCUCGAGUACAUCGAGGGCACCGACCUCACGCGCGCACUGGCGUCGCCAACGCCGCGUGGGUUCGCCCUCUGCGUCGGGGAGGGUAUCGCCGACGGGAUGCUCUACCUGCACACGCGCGGCGUGAUGCACCGCGACCUCAAGGGCGCCAACGUGAUGGUGGGCGGCGACGGCUUGCGCACUGUCAAGAUCAUCGACUUUGGGCUCGCGGCGCGCGCGCCGGACGACACCAAGGCGGGCGGCUGGCUGACGGCGGAGACGGGCACGCACCGCGGGGCGGCGCCUAUGAUUGAGUGCACGUACCGCUGGAUGGCGCCCGAGGUGGUGCUGCACGAGCGGUACUCAAAGGCGGCCGACGUCUACAGCUUUGCGAUGGUCUGGUACGAGCUGCUCUGCCACCAGCUGCCCUUUGCCGACCGGCCGCCGCUUCAGGCGGCGGUAUCCACCGCCCUGAACGGCCAGCGGCCGCCGCUACCGCAAGGGACGCCGGCACCGAUCGCGCAGCUCAUGACGAGCUGCUGGCAGCGCGACCCGGCGAGCCGCCCGUCGUUCGGCGAGGCGCUGCAGCGCGUCCGGGGCUUGCGGGACGAGGGAGGGCUGAGCGCGGCGGACGUCGCCUGGCUCGACGCGCCGGAGGGCCACCCCGUGUACUAUGUGACGCGGCGCAAGGCUGCGUCCGCGACGACAGGGACGCCCGCCGCGGCCGAGGGGGCGUCGGGGAUGUCGCGCACCGAGGCGGAGAUGGACGCGCUCGCCGCCAGCGGCACUGUCUCCUGA